CUUAAUUGUGGCUGUACGGAGUUUAGACGCUUCGGAGAGAAAGGCCCAGCGUACGAGCGAGCGAGCGAGAGAGAGAGAGAGAGCGAGGGAGAAGCGGUGUCUCUGGCGGUUGUUGUUGGAAAUGGCAACCUCUACCUCAUCUUUCCUCUCCUAUUCUCUCCCUCGUCCUCUGCUCCGCUCGCCCCCACGCCCUUUCCCUCAGCCCUUAUCCCUCUUCUUUCCUCUCCGCUCCUCCGCAAACCCUAGAAAACCCCUGACCCUAGUCCUCGCUUCUUCGUCUUUCGAUGAUCUCAGCUUCAGACGCCCCUCGCUCUCCUCUAAUUCCUCCAAGAAAUCAGCUCUCUCGAAUUUGAUACAAGAGAUAGAGCCAUUAGAUGUGAGUCUCAUUCAGAAAGAUGUUCCACCAACGACGGUGGAUGCCAUGAAACGGACUAUAUCUGGCAUGUUGGGUUUACUUCCAUCUGUCCAAUUUCAAGUUCUUAUUGAGGCUUUAUGGGAACCCCUCUCUAAGUUAUUGGUUUCUUCAAUGAUGACUGGAUACACAUUGCGGAAUGCUGAAUAUAGGCUUUGCCUUGAAAAAAACCUCGAUAUGCAUGAUGAAAAUAAUGAAAAACAAACACCAGAAAUUUCUAGACUUGAUUUACAAGGGUUAUUACUUGACAGUGCAAGUAUACUUGAAUUGUCUGGAGAACAUGAAUCACCAUCUAAAUUUGAAAAAUUCACUGAAGACUUGUUGGAGAACAUUGAUAUUCAAGGCCUUGGUGAAAUUUCCCCUGAAGCUCAACAAUAUAUUCUUCAUUUGCAGUCUCAUAUAUCUUCAGUGAAAAAGGAACUUUGUGAGGUCAAGAGGAAAAGUGCUGCACUUCAAAUGCAGCAGUUUGUUGGGGAGGAAAAGAAUGAUUUGCUGGACUACUUGAGAUCUCUACAACCGGAAAAGGUAGCUGAGUUAUCAGAACCUACAUCUCCUGAAUUGAAAGAAAUAAUCCACUCUGUCGUGCAUGGUCUCCUUGCUACCCUAUCUCCCAAGAUGCAUUCCAAGGCUCCUCCACUGUCAGAAAAUUCCUCAAAUGGAACAAUAAAUGUAGGGAGUGAAGAUUGUGCUGAGCUUGUUGAGAACACCUCACUUCAAUUCCAGCCUCUCAUUUCAUUAACUCGGGAUUACUUGGCACGCCUCCUCUUCUGGUGCAUGCUGUUGGGUCAUUACCUGAGAGGCCUGGAGUAUCGAAUGGAGCUGAUGGAACUCCUAUCUUUGACAAGUAAUGCUGAAAAUGAUGCCCCUGGUAGUGAGCAAGUUGGAUGAAAGUUUCUCUUUUGAACUGCUUCCAUCUGUGUAUAGACGUGUUCACCGGCGUAUACAGAAAUCGUUUUCCAACAUUAAGAGGCUGAAUUCGUUUUCCAACAUGAGAGGCUAGAAGUGAGAUAUGAGCGGAGGCCAAUUAGGCUCCUGCAAAUGGAGAGUGUUUAUGUAUAAAAGGAUACAUCUUUGUAUGUUUGUUGUAAGUAUCUUGCAGAUUUUGUUGUUUUUGUCUUUCUUGUUACAAACGCAGAACAUAAUGACAAUGUUGUUUCUUGUGUC